GCCUCGCGGAUUCCUCGCUUCGACGCGGUGUUGACCGUGCGGAUUUGGGCCGUCGCCUUGGCACUUCCGGCGCGACCCUUCCGCUGUCGCUCCUGCUUCCGGGCCAGUGGACACGGCGCGCUCCAGGCCUGCUCCGUCUGCGGCGAGGCUUACUUCUGUGCCACUUGCCGCCAGUCUGCUGAGACAGAGGAAAAGCACAGGCACGAGUGCCUGCUGCUUCAGCGCCUGGAAGGCUUCAGCUCCAAGGAGGUUCCGACGGAAGUGCGUGCGAACGUGGCCUUGCUCAUUUCCUUGCAUGCCUUCCUUCAGACUGAGCCAAGAGGCAACGUGAGCGAUCUGCUCGACUUGGUGCAAGAGCCGCUGUCGCGACCGGGUGCCCGGCGCCGCGCGCGGCUUCGGGCCGCGGCUGCGAAGCUCUUCCUGGAGAUCCUCGAGGAGACGGCGGAGACGGCUGACAAGAAAGCGGAGAGGAGGAGCCUUUAUGCAGCGGAAGUCCUCACCGCCGCCUUAGCGGCUCUGCCGCUGAACGCCUUUGGUUUGGGACCAGAGGGUCGAGACGGCCACGGUCUCGCCCCGGCCGCUUCGUACAUCAACCAUAGCUGCGUGCCCAACUGUGUCGAACAGAUUGGCGAGGGAUGUGUUCGCUUCUUCGCGCUACGUGACAUCGAGCCGGGCGAAGAGAUCACGUUUGCAUACCUGGACCUCAGCUUGCCGCUGGAGGAUCGGAAACGCCUUGUGAAGACCAGCUGGGACUUCUCCUGCGACUGCGCUCGCUGCCGACUCGGGCCGGGCGCAGAAAGCCAAGAGAAGCCGUGA